ACAUAAAACUUGUUAACCGUUAAUGGUUAUCCCAAAAAAUUAAAAAAUAAAUUAAAACCUUAAAUAUUAACAACAAUCUUUAAUUCCUUACACUAACCGAAUUUUAAUAUCUUUUUUUAAACUCUUCCCUUUUCUUCCACUUCCCCCCCUUUGAUGGGCUGCAAACAAACCUCCGAUCUUGCACCGCCGUCCAAGAAAACACCGCCACCACCAUGAACAACACCCCCAACAACAAUAUUAAUAAUCAUAAUAAUCACCACCAUAUCAGAAAAGGCGAUGCAAGAAUAUACAUUGUUACAGCAAUUUUCUUUUCAUGCAUAAUAUCCGGUGGAGUUUUUCUUGCUCUAUACAUUUUCCUCCCGUUACAUAAAUCCCAGCCCUGGUUUCCGACCGCCGGAUUAAUCCUCGUAGCUAUUCCAUGGUUCUUUUGGUUCUUGUUAUAUUUAUAUAGAUGUUGUAGUCCGAAACAUACACCUUGUCCGCCUUGUAAGUCCAUACCAGGCUCCGAAGAAACUGAGGCUUCUGCAAUUGCACCAACGAAUACGUACGUUGUUGACGAUGAUGAGUCGCAUUUACGUUCCCUUACGACGCCCACGCCGCCUCUGCAGCAGCAGCAGCAGCCGCCUGACGACGGUGAGCGCCACGUACAUUUUGGCGGUGUUGUUGUUAUAACUGAAUAUGAUGAUAAUGAGAAUAAUAAUAAUGUUCAUAUUAAUGAUAAUUAUGAUGAUGACGAUGAUGAUGAUGAUGUUACUAGUUUUAAUAGUAGUAUUGAUCAAGAUGGACAUUUAGGUGUUGGACGGCGUUUAGAAGCGGAGCUUGGUGUUUGUGCGGAGAAACAACGGGACGGACGGAGAGAAAGCGAAUUGCCGUUAAACUUUUCGGGCUCAAGAUCAGGUUCAGGAUCAGGUUUAUGAACAUGUUGAUUAAAUAUGUGUGUUUUAUAGGACACUAAUUGUUGAUUGUUAUUAGGUGGAGAUUGAUAUAGAAACAAAUUAAUGGCUUGAAUAGAAAAUUUUUCUUGCAAGUUUAAUUCUAACUUUUAUCAUUCAUGUUGUUUUUAAUUUUUUUUCUGUUUUUUUGACUUGCAAGAAUUAUGUAUGUGGUGACAUUCAUGAUAAUUUUAGAAUUGGGGAAAUGACUAGUUUGUGCAAUUUGUA